GUAGGCCGAGCUCAGAGUGUGAAGCUUCUCAUUGGCUGCUCUGUGGUUAACUGGCGCACUACUGCGCUAUUUAUAAGCUAUUUCUGUGGAGUUGCUCGUGUUUGUCGUUUACCGUGAGAGCUGAAGAUGGAUUUUCUGGUGAAAUUAUUUGCCCAGAACAGGAAAGUAGCUCUUUGCUUGACAGGGACGGCCGUGGCUUUGCUCGGUCUCGCGCUCGGCUACAAAUACACGCGCAGGCAGAAAAAGUUAACUCGAGUAGGAGUUGUUUCUCAGCUGUUGCUUCAUCCCAUGAAGUCUGGAAAAGCGGUAUGUGUGCCUGCAGCCGAGUGUCUGAGAAUGGGCCUUAAAUGCGGAGAUCUUCGUGAUCGUUACUGGCUGGUCAUUACAGAAGAUGGCCACAUGGUGACAGGGAGACAACAGCCUCGCUUGGUUCUUGUGUCUAUGACUUGUGAGGGAGGCCAGGUUUGUCUCAAUGCUCCUGAGAUGGAGGAGCUCAAGUUUCCCCUUCAGCAGCCAAACAAUCCCAUCUUUAAAUGCAGGGUGUUUAGUUCAGAUACCGAAGGCAGAGACUGUGGUGAUGAGGUUUCUAACUGGUUCACUCGAUAUCUGGCAGCAGACAAGAACUUUCGCUUGGUGCACUUUGAACCCCAGUUAAAAGCCCGAACACCGUCUGAGAAAGGCUUUCCCAAGGAUGAAAAGGUGGCUUAUCCAGAUGCUGCUCCUGUCAUGUUGAUGUCAGAGGCCUCUCUGAACAACUUGAACACCAGACUAGAUCCUGGCAUCUCUGUUUGUCAGUUUCGGCCCAGCAUUGUUGCCAGCGACUGUGAGCCUUUCAGCGAGGACUCAUGGGACUAUGUACAGAUUGGCCAAGUGGAGUUGCAGAGAGUUAUGGGCUGUGGAAGGUGUAUUUUUACCACUGUUGAUCCUGAAACUGGAGUCAUCUCUAGAAAAGAGCCACUGGACACUCUCAGAACUUAUCGGCUAACUGACCCUGCACAGAAAACUGCACCAAUACUUGGACAAUACUACACCGUGAAGAAAACUGGGAUCCUCCAUGUUGGUGAUCCCAUAUACAGAAUUACUUACUAAGAAAGGACACGAUGGAUCAAACCAAAAGCUGAAAUCAGAACAAUUAUAUAAUUUGAUAAAAUUAAAAAAGUUGAUGUACUAUCCAAAUUUGCAUUAGUCAUUAGUGCUUACAACCAACACUAAUUGUAGUGUAUAAUGUGUAGAUACUCCUUAAUAUGUUUAAAUGAAAACACCAUUUAAAAACUUCAUUAUCAUUUAUUAGCUGGGCCGUUUAUUAGCCAUUUAGCUAUAAUUAGUUUUGGCCUCACACAUGCUCUUGCUGCUGUGACACACAGUGCUUUUUGCUAACGCUAUAAUAAUAUAUUCAGUAGAUAUUACAUAAUACAAUUCUAAAAUUUUAGACGAAUGUCAAAAUAAAAUACCAGGAACAUUAUUACUUUUGAUGUUUGUGUGCUGUGACUGGUAAUAAAGCAGAAUUUGUACACUUUAUUGUGAUUAAUAAUAAACAAAGACUAAUUAUGAA